AUGGGUAUUAGCAUGGACCACGUGCAGAAUAUGAAUGGUGAUAGUGCGGGAGCCAAGGAGUGGAGAGGGGCCAUGGCCUCCAAGCAAGGUGCUGCUGCCAACCAUGUACAAGUAAGCUGCCUGCAUGGAUGGACAAGGGACUCGCACAUCGGCCCAGGCUGGCGGGAAACUUUGACGGCGAAAGAAGGCAACGGCUGGAGAGAAGAUCCGCGGCAAUGGGCCACAGGGCAAGCCGCUCAGCUGACUGGCGUCGAGACAUGCAAUGCCGGAGCACGUUGCCAAACUUGGCGUCGAAUGCUACUCGGCGCAAUCAACUUGUACUCACAGGCAAGUACGGAGCGAGAUUGGUAG